CAGACGCAUGGUCAUCACACCGCGUGAGGAAGGGGCCACGUGGCAGGGGAAGCCCCCCCACACCACGGUACAGAGGCUCCUGACCUGGGGGCUGCCCGCCCCCUGCAGCCGAUUCCUACAGCGCCAGCCGGGGGAGUUUCCGGUCACUGCCUUCCUGCUGGGCGCGGGCACCGGGGGGCUCCUGGCCGUGGGUCUCUUUCAGCUCCUGGUGAACCCCAUGAACAUCUAUGAGGAUCAGAAGAUGGUGGCAUUGUACAGCCUGGUGGGCCUGGGAGCCGUGGGCUGGGGGGCCUCCCCUCACAUCCGCUGCGCCAGCCUCCUGCUGGUACCCAAGAUGCUGGGCAAAGAGGGCAGGCUCUUUGUGCUGGGGCACGCCUUGGCCGCCAUCUAUGAGGGCCCCGCCGCCAACCUGCGGCACAACGUCAACGAGGUGGUGGCCUCGCUGGGCUGCACCGUGGAGCUGCAGAUCAACAACACCCGAGCCGCCUGGCGCGUCUCCACGGCCCCCCUGCGCGCCGUGUUCAAGGGCCUGCUGGGCAGCAAAGCGUCACUGAAAGCUGAGACUCAGAACAUCUCCAAGUCCUUCGGGGACCUGGACGCCCAGGUGAACAGUGACAUGGGCUACAGUCCCGAGGAUGCCGGGGGCUCAGAGGGGACGGCCCGAGGUGCCCCGCCCUCCGGGCGCCGCCUGUCUACACAGAAGAUGUUUGAGCUGAAGACCAGGCUGCGUUGUUCCUACGUGGUGGACCAGGCCAUGCUCAGCUGCCGCCGCUGGUUCGACCGAAAGCAUGAGCAGUGCAUGGAGCGCAUCUGGGUCCCGCUGCUGAACCACCUGCUCUGCCUGCCCAUGAAGUUCAAGUUCUUCUGCAGCAUCGCCAGGGCGAUGGGGGUCUGGUGCCGCAGUCGCAUCCCGGUGGAAGGCAACUUCGGGCAGACCUACGAGUCCCUCAACCAGUCUGUUCGUGAGCUGGAUGGGGAAUUUUCAGCCACUAUUGACCUCAGGGAGGAGAAGCAGGCGGCGGUGCUGGGCGUCAACACGAGCCGGGAGCGUGUGAGCACCGCGCUGCGCGAGCACGUCCGCCGCCAGGAGGCCCAGCUGCUGCGGGGGCUGCGGCUGCUGCGCCUGCUCUUCUCCUGCACCUUCCUGCUCGUGCUGCGCGCGUCCUUCUCCUACGUGGACAGCUAUAACGGGGACAUCCGCUGUGACAACAUCUACAUCAGCACCUACUUUUGUCAGAUCGACGAGCGCAGGAAGAAGUUGGGCAAGCGGACUUUGCUGCCGCUCCGCAAAGCCGAGGAGAAGACCGUCAUCUUCCCCUGCGAGCCCUUCAUGCAGGCCUCGGAGAUGAGACACGUGGUGAGGGAGCUCGCGGAGACCCUGCCCGUCCUGCUGCUGCUGCUGCUGCUGUGCGGCCUGGACUGGGCCCUCUACUCCAUCUUCGACACCAUCCGCCACCACUCCUUCCUGCAGUACUCCUUCCGCAGCAGCCAUAAACUGGAGGUGAGAGUCGGGGGGGACUCCAUGCUGGCCCGGCUUCUUCGGAAAACCAUCGGAGCCCUGAACACCUCCUCCGAGACCGUGGUGGAGUCCAGCAACAUGCCCUGCCUGCCGCAGCCCGUGAGCCUGAGCCCCAGGGCCUACCUGCGGGUGGCGCUCCCGGUGGCGCUGCUGCUCGCUCUCUGCCUGCUGCAAGCCUUCGGCUACCGGCUCCGGAGGGUCAUCGCAGCCUUCUACUUCCCCAAGCGAGAGAAGAAGCGGAUCUUGUUCCUCUACAAUGACCUGCUGAGGAAGAGGGCGGCCUUUACGAAGCUGAGAAGGGCCGCCAUCGUGAGACGGGCACAGCAGCAGCGGGCCCCCCGCCACCACCUGGCCGACGCCCUGCACCGCCGCUGCCCGCUCCUGCGCCGCUGGCUGCGCCGCCGCUGCGUGGUGUGCCAGGCGCCCGAGACGCCGCGGGCCUACGUGUGCCCGACGCCGGACUGCGCGGCCGUGUACUGCCGCUCGUGCUGGGACGACGUGCGGCGGCGGUGCCCGGCCUGCACCCCGCGCGAGGAGCUCUCCUCCUCCGCCUACAGCGACAGCGACGACGACGCCACGUACGCCGAGUGACGGGGCGCCUGCCUCUGCCCCCGCCUCCCCCCGCUCCCCCGCGGUUAAUAAAAGCCCGA